UUUUUUUCUCUUUAUUUUUUAUUUAAAUUUAUAUAUUUACGUGUAAAGUGUCACAUUGAAAAACUCUAUCAAAUCUUAACAAAUUUAUCAGAAUUUUAUUUUCCUUCAAAAAAGAAUUUCAUUUCUGAGGAGAAGUAGCAGUGGACGUCGUAUUAACAGUUGUUGGCUCCUCCUUCGUUCCUUGCCCCCCUUCAUCUUUCUUUGCGUCACCGACAACCUCCUUCUUCUCGUCCUCUCCCUUGGUGGUGGUAUUAGUGGCGCUCUUGGAUUUGUCUGCGACUGGAUGACGAUAGUAACGACGAUGGAAACGCUUCUUGUUGGGACGCUAAAAUUAAAUUUGAAUUUUUUAUUAAGGGAAAAGAAGAAAAAGUGGGAAAGGGAAAUUCAAAUCAACACAAAUUUUGUCACCAAAAAGGUAUCAGUUUACUCCCCCCCCCCUCCGAAAUGGGAAAAAAGAAAUUUCGAUCUUUAG